AUGGCGGCCUGGCCCACCGUGCCGCUCCUCAUCAACCUCGGCGGCUCGCUGCUGGGCUUCGCGGCCACGCUCACGCUGAUCCCGGCCUUCACGGACCACUUCCUCGCCGCGCGGCUCUUUGGGGAGGACCUGAACAAGACCUCGAGGCGGCCCGUUCCCGAAGCACAGGGCGUGAUCAGCGGUGCCGUGUUCCUGAUCAUCCUCUUCUGCUUCAUCCCCGUGCCCUUCCUGAGAUGUUUUGUGGAGGAGCAGUGUGCGGCCUUGCCUCACGACGAGUUCGUGGAGCUCAUCGGUUCGCUCCUUGCCAUCUGCUGCAUGAUUUUCCUGGGCUUUGCAGAUGAUGUUCUGAACCUGCGCUGGCGGCACAAGUUGCUUCUGCCUACCAUGGCUUCCCUCCCACUGCUCAUGGUUUACUUCACCAACUUUGGGAACACGACCAUUGUGGUGCCUAAGCCCUUCCGGGUGCUGCUGGGCAUGCACUUGGACUUGGGUAUCCUCUACUACGUGUACAUGGGUAUGCUAGCAGUGUUCUGCACUAAUGCCAUCAACAUUCUUGCUGGAAUUAAUGGAAUUGAAGCAGGACAGUCGCUGGUGAUAGCUGCUUCCAUUAUCAUAUUCAAUAUUGUAGAGCUAAACGGGGAUUAUCGAGAUGAUCACAUAUUUUCUCUCUACUUCAUGAUUCCCUUUUUUUUUACCACACUGGGCCUAUUUUACCACAACUGGUACCCAUCUCGAGUGUUUGUUGGGGAUACCUUCUGCUACUUUGCUGGCAUGACCUUUGCUGUGGUGGGGAUCGUGGGACACUUCAGCAAAACAAUGCUGCUUUUUUUCAUCCCGCAAGUACUCAACUUCCUCUAUUCAUUGCCUCAACUGUUCCACGUCAUUCCUUGUCCCCGUCACCGCCUACCGAGGCUUAAUCCUAGUACAGGGAAGUUGGAGAUGAGCUACUCCAAAUUCAAAACUAAGAGCCUCUCUCCCCUGGGAACAAGCAUUCUGAAGGUGGUCAAGAUCUUGCACGUAGUAGAUGUGAGGAGUGGAACAGAUGAAGAUGGCGAAUACACCGAAUGCAAUAAUAUGACACUUAUUAAUUUUGUCAUAAAGCUGAUUGGACCCACCCACGAGCGAAAUCUCACUCUCCUGUUGCUACUCAUUCAGGUCCUUGGCAGCACGAUUGCAUUUUCGAUCCGGUACCAACUGGUGCGCCUGUUUUAUGAUGUCUGACUGGACUGUCAGGAGCAAGGGAAAGAGUUCUGCCUGCCAGUCCAUAUUCUCCAGCUGCUUGACCAAAUGGUUGGACUGAUGUUGCUGCCGCCCUCUGGGAACCUCAGAAUACCUGUCAAAGCACAAGCAACUGCUUUGCAUGGGCUGGUUUUGAAGCAGGAUGUUCCUUGUGCACCAAAGGCUUUUGUCCAAUUCUGUGACAGAAAAGAUUCACUGCUACUUGGACAUCACUGUCACUAGGAAUACCUUUUAGAGGGGAAGCAAAUGACAGCACUUAGGGAAAGAUGGAAUCUAUACAUCUGACAAAGACAUUACUGUUCACCAAGAGAGAAUACAGCAACUUUAAUUUCUGUGAGCAGAAUAAGUAGACCAGACUCUGUUCCUGGCUUCUUCAAUCCUGUUUUUGGUCCAUGGACAUAGAAUGACAUGUUAUAACCCGUACUCAAAACUCAGAGAGCUCCAAGAAUAAAAUAAUUCACGGUA